AUGGGUGGCAUCUGGUCGAGAGAACAAUCCGACGAGCAACCGGGGGUGGUGCCUGACGAAACGCCAGUGAAUGGAAACAAGCGGGCCAUCGAUGAAGAGCCAACAACCACUGCAGAACAGACCGUCAAGCGCAAGAAAACCACCAAGGAACGUCGCGCUCACUUUCGCAACAACAACUCAUGGAAAGCCACAGAGGAAGCCAAGAAAAAUGACGCACCUGCAGUCAGCACUCCACGUUUGGCGAAGCGAAAAGUCGCAUUACUUAUCGGGUUCAGCGGGACUGGAUUCCAAGGCAUGCAAAUUAAUCCUGGUGUUCGAACCAUUGAGAGCGUGUUGUUUGAAGCGAUGUGCAAAGCCGGUGUCAUUUCGCAGGCAAAUUCGGAAGAUCCGAAAAAGGUCCAAUGGAUGCGAGCCGCUCGUACAGAUAAAGGUGUGCAUGCUGCUGGUAAUGUCGUAUCGUUGAAAAUGGGUAUUCCGGAAGAUGAAAGUGAUGUGGUGCCUCGAAUCAAUUCCUUUUUGCCGGAACAAAUUCGUGUGUGGGGUUACGUUCCUACGAUUCGUUCAUUCCACGCAAAGACUGGAUGUGAUUCUCGCGUUUAUGAAUAUCUGUUGCCGACUUAUGCGUUCAUGCCACCUUCACCAAAAGAAUUGAAAGAAGCGCCAACCUCCGAAACGGAUUUGAAGCUGAUGGGUAACAGUAGCGAUGUGAUCCGCUAUAUUUCCCGCAGCACCGACGAAGAGAUGGCGAAAAAGGAAGCUUAUCGCAUCGAUACCAAUGACUUGACAAAAUUCAGAGAAGCGUUGAAAAUGUUUGAGGGAACCCAUAAUUUCCACAAUUACACUAUCGGCCGUGGUUACAAUGAUCGAAGCUCCAACCGAUACAUUAUGAGUAUUAAUGUGGGCGAUCCUAUCUACAUUAAUGACACGGAAUGGCUUAGCGUCAAAUUGCACGGUCAAUCAUUCAUGCUCCAUCAAAUUCGCAAGAUGAUCUCCAUGGCUCUUCUUGUGGUGCGUACCAAGACGCCUCUGUCACUUAUUGAAAGAAGCUUCGGUUCCGAGAGAAUCAAUAUUCCCAAAGCACCCGCACUAGGAUUGCUCCUGGAGCGACCGGUAUUUGAUGCUUACAACCGACGAGCGGUCAGUAAAAAAGACAACAAGUUCCGUGAUGCUAUUGACUUUGAUAAAUACAAGGAUACAAUUGAUGCAUUCAAACAAGAAUGGAUUUACUCAAAGAUUUUCGCCGCGGAAAAGGAAGAACGAGGGUUCGACACUUUCUUGUUGUCUGUAGAUUCGCAUUUUGGGCCUGAUUACAAAUAUCUCAACGCAGAAGGCACGAUCCCUGAAGAAGCGAUCAUUACUACGAAAUAUACUGUCAAGAAAGAUAAGAGCACUGUGAAGACUAACGAAGAACAAGAUGAACUAGAACAGGAUGCGGAGGAGGAAGAUGCAUAGUAUGUAUAUAUAUAAUAUAAAGAAUAAAAAAAAAGCUGGUUCAUUAUUGUCCCACAAGGAUUGAAUUUUAUUCUUUGACCGUCAACGCGUCCAACACUUUUUCCAGCAACUUGUU